UAAGGGGUUCCUCUCACAUCAGGAUGAGGCCCCUGUAGUGGCUGUUUCUGGUUGUCAACUUGACUUGAUCUGGAAUGAACUACAGUCCAGAAUUGGAAGGCUCACCAGUGAUCCUAAUCUGGAGGCUGGGAGAUACAAGCUUCUGACCUGGAUCUUGGCUUGGAGAUGUUGAGGCAUAAUGGCUGUGAAAAUUCCAGAAGAUUAAGAUAAGACUGGGAGAUCUCUGAGUUCAAGGUCAUCUGAAAUUAAUAGAGUGGUGGCACACACCUUUAAUCUGGGCCACACCUUCUGCUGGAGACCUACAUAAGGACAUCAGAAGAAGGAAGAUUCACUCUCCUUUGCCUGCUUGCCUUGUGGGACUGAGCAACUGCUAGAUCCUUGGACUUCCAUUCACAGCUGCUGGUGACCAUUGUUGGGAGUUGGACUACAGACUAUCAAGAAUGACCCAAAAGAACUCGAGGUUCUGCUGCAGAGCCAAUGUGUAUACCCAAGUGCCUGACGGAGGGUGGGGCUGGGCAGUGGCUGUUUCUUUUUUCUUCGUUGAAGUCUUCACCUAUGGCAUCAUUAAGUCAUUUGGUGUCUUCUUUAAUGACUUAAUGGACAGUUUUGAUGAAUCCAACAGCAAGAUCUCAUGGAUAAUAUCAAUAUGUGUAUUUGUAUUAACAUUUACAGCUCCCCUCUCCACGGUUCUGAGCAACCGCUUCGGACAUCGGCUGGUGGUGAUGGCAGGGGGGUUACUCAUCAGCUUGGGAAUGGUUGCAGCCUCCUUCUCCCAAAGGGUCUACCACAUGUACAUCUCCAUAGGGGUCAUCUCGGGUUUGGGGUACUGCUUUAGCUUCCUCCCAACUGUGACCAUCCUGUCACAGUACUUUGACAAAAGGCGUUCGGUAGUCACUGCGGUUGCUUCUACGGGAGAGUGUUUUGCGGUGUUUGCUUUUGCGCCAGCUAUCACGGCUCUGAAGGAGCAUAUUGGCUGGAGAUAUAGCCUCCUCUUCGUGGGCCUUCUGCAGCUGAACAUCAUGGUCUGUGGCGCCUUGCUGAGACCCAUUAUUAUCAAAGGGCCAGGGUCGCCGAAAGCAACCACUCAGGAGCCCGCCAGAGAAGCUCAGUAUAUGCUUGAAAACGAGAAAACACGGACCUCAAUAGACUCCAUCGACUCAGGAGUAGAACUCACUACCUCACCGAAAAAUGUGCCUAGCGAAGCCAAGACAGAGCACGAGGCCAGGGCUGAGCAGCAGCUGGCCCUGGUGGCCGGCCCCAAGCACGGCCGGAAGGAAGCCCCGCUCUUGGACUUCUCCAUCUUGAAAGAGAAGAGCUUCAUCUGUUACGCCUUGUUUGGCCUCUUUGCCACGCUGGGCUUCUUCGCACCUUCCCUCUACAUCAUCCCGUUGGGUAUCAGUCUAGGCAUUGACCCUGACCGCGCUGCGUUUUUACUGUCUACGAUGGCCAUCGCGGAAGUGUUCGGAAGGAUCGGGGCUGGGUUUGCCCUCAACAAGGAACCCAUUCGCAAGAUCUACAUCGAGCUCAUCUGCGUCGUCUUACUGACGGUGUCUCUGUUCGCUUUCACUUUCGCCACCGAGUUCUGGGGCCUCAUGUUGUGUAGUGUGUUUUUUGGUAGUAUGGUCGGGACCAUAGGAGGGACCCACAUCCCGAUGCUGGCUGAGGAUGACGUCGUUGGAAUCGAGAAGAUGUCGUCCGCCGCUGGAGUCUAUGUCUUCAUUCAGAGCAUUUCGGGGCUUGCGGGACCGCCCCUGGCAGGUCUGCUGGUUGACCAGAGCAAGAUCUACAGCAGGGCCUUCUACUCCUGCGCAGCAGGCAUGUCACUGGCUGCUGUGUGCCUCGCCCUGGUAAGACCCUGUAAAAAGGGGCUGUGCCAGAAUUCUCAGUCAGGUGAAAACCAGGCAGACAGGCAUCGUGGGAAAGCGUUACAGGACAUACCCGAAGACUUUCUGGAAAUGGAUCUUGGGAAAUGCGAACAGAGGGCUCAUAUGAAAAUGGAUCCCGUGUGACACAUUUUCAUGUUGUGGCUUCUAUGUUGCCUGGGAACAGAGCCCCUGGGAGGGGAAGGCGCCAACCACUAGACCCCACCUUCAAAACCCGCAUGAAGGGAAUGCCUGUCAGACAGCAAGACCAGCAGCUGUCUCUUCUUCCCCUCCAGUCCCUUUUGCCUGUUCUUUAAGCCAAAACCAAAACAACCAAACACUUUCCAUACAGCAAUCCAGCCCCAUUCUGCAGCAAUACAAAGAUAAGGAGAAGGACCCGGCGGACAUUCCAACACGAAAGCAAUACCACAAACUGACAGGCUGCGGUUAAAAGCACUCGCUCCUGUGAUAAACUAUUUUAUAAACUGACAUCCAGCCCAAGUCACAGAAAUGAAUUGGCCAUUCCAAAAUGGAAAACAAAAAACAAAAAACAAAAACAAAACCCCACAAUCUUGAACCAUUAAACUCCUUGCUAAUUUUCAGAAAUACAGGUAAAUUAUUUUUAAACGAUUCGGGGGGG